AUGGACAAGCUGAGCAAGGGUAUGCCAGGUCCUCCUGGAGAGAAGGGACUCCAGGGACCUCAGGGUGCUCCAGGUCUACCAGGCAAUGAUGGAGCCAUUGGGAAACCUGGACCUAGGGGAAGUAAAGGGCCCCUAGGAUCACAGGGGCCGCAGGGGUCAGCAGGAAUCCCAGGCCUACAGGGUGAAGAUGGUUUAAUAGGAUCAACAGGGGAAAGAGGAUUCAAGGGUUUACCUGGCCCACCUGGUGAUACUGGCCCCGACGGAAAAGUUGGACAACAGGGCAACCCUGGCCUAACAGGCGUUGAGGGUCCACCAGGAAGGAAAGGAGACCAGGGCGACCUUGGGCCUUGUGGGAAACUUGGUCCUCCAGGGACACAAGGAGAGAGAGGACUUCAAGGACUAAAAGGCUUACAAGGACCACCAGGACCAGACGGUAAAGAGGGUGAUGUUGGGGUCCCUGGUGAAGUUGGAGAUCCUGGAUCCAAAGGGGACAAGGGUGAGGUUGGACCUCUAGGUUUAUCUGGUCGAGAGGGCCCCUGGGGAUCCCUCGGCGAAAAUGGCAGCAGGGGCUCAAAGGGAGAGAAGGGUCACAUUGGAUUAAUGGGUGAACCCGGUCUGAUGGGUGAAGUGGGACCUGCAGGUCUGACAGGGUUAAAGGGAAUCGUAGGUUCUCGGGGACCCACAGGUCUAGAUGGACCUCACGGACAGAAGGGGGAGUCCGGGCCAGUAGGAAUUACUGGACCACCUGGACCGCGAGGCCCUCAGGGAAUAACUGGAGCACGUGGUGUCAGAGGAGACAUGGGGAAGCUGGGCCCACCUGGCCCAGUAGGAAAAGUAGGACCUCAGGGAGACGAUGGAGCUAAAGGGUAUCCAGGGCCACAGGGAGAAAAAGGAGAACCCGGACCUCCAGGUCCACCAGGAGAACAGGGGCCUCCUGGAGAGAUGGGAGCCCAGGGCCUGCCAGGUCCCGCUGGAGCUUCUGGAGUACGAGGAAGACCUGGACCUGAGGGGAAACAGGGCAUGAAAGGGGAGAAGGGAGACGAUGGCAAGAGUGGAUCACCGGGGAAGACGGGUCAUGUUGGAAGGAGGGGCGACAAGGGAGACACAGGACUGGCAGGUCCCCCUGGGUGGCCCGGGCUCAUUGGCAUCCCUGGCUUACGUGGAGAGCCGGGGGAUAGUGGUGAAAAGGGGAAAGAGGGUCAGAAAGGAGACAUGGGACUGCCUGGACCACCUGGAGGUAUUAGCAUGAAGGGUAUUCGUGGUGCUGUUGGGUUGCCAGGACAAGUGGGUCUAAAAGGAGAACAGGGAAAUAUAGGCCCCCCAGGAUGGAGGGGUCCACCAGGGAUGCCAGGAUUGCCUGGUUUGAAAGGCUACCCAGGUUUGCCUGGUAUACAGGGCAGGAGAGGCCUCCCAGGUCCACCUGGUCUUCCUGGACCUCCAGGACCUUCAUUAAAUAUGACCUUGACACAACUCAAGGACUUGAUGUAUGUUUCCGAUAGGCCCAACUACCCUCUGCUCCAGACCCUGCUAGAUUCUUUGCAGCUGGAGCUCCGGCUGCUGGUGGAUCCUCCUGAUGGCAGCAAGGAGCAUCCUGCCACCACCUGUCUGGAGCUCUGGCUCUGCCACCCCGAAUACAGCAGUGGAAUGUAUUACAUCGACCCCAACCAAGGCAGCCCAGCCGACGCCCUGCUGGCACACUGCAGCUUCUCUUCCACAUCAAAACAGACCUGCCUUCACCCUCGAGACCCUCAGCUGCCGAUGAAAGCCUGGAUGGAAGAAGUUUCUGAUGAAGGAUCUUUUCAGUGGCUCAGCAGGCUGGAGCAGGGGUUUCAGUUUUACUACACAGGUGCCAGCGUGGUCCAGAUGCGUUUUCUGAGGUUGCACAGCAGCACGGCCGUCCAGAAGGUGACCUACUCCUGCCAUCCAGGACACAGACUGGGACAGACGGACAGAGACGUCAAAUUCCUCACUGACACACGGAAGCAAAGUUACCUGGGAGCGCUUAAAGAUUGUGUGCCUGGAGAGGAGAUAGCUUCUGGACCUCGGGAGUCUGUAUUUGAGUUCGAGGACCUCCAGCUGCUUCCUCUGAGAGACGUGGCGCUAAUGGAAGGCGGAAACUUCACACACCACUUUGGCUUCACUGUCGGACCUGUUUGUUUCAGCUAG